ACAGUGUUUUUUCGGUUUUUUUUAAACACAUUUUAAUUACAUUGAAUCAAAUUUUUUUUAAUUGAUUAAUUGAGGAAAAAACAAUCAAAUUUCAAAGAAAAACAUCAUAUCUUUCCUCGCCAUCAACAACUUUGCGACAUUUUAAAGUGCGCUUUGUCGUGUUUGUCGUGUUUGAAAUUUUCUGUGAUUCAAAAGUUGUUUUAUCGAUUAACAAAAAUGCCAUCAACAAAUUUUUACGAUAUCGAUAUUGAUGAUUAUCAGGAAGAAGUCGAAGUUCAUCAUCAUCAACCGACAACGAUCAAUGGAUCGUCGACAACAGCAAAAUCAUCAUCAUCCCCAUCGACAGCCACCAAUAACCACAAAAUUCGUUCUUUGAAAGCACCGAAUGAUCAUCUAAAUCAACAACAAAAUGGCGGUGCAAUUGUAAAUGGUGGUCAUCAGAAUAAUGAUGGUGGUGGUGGUGGAAAACAUCAUUCAUUAGCUGUUAAAGUAGAAAAUAUUGCCUAUUCUUAUUAUCGAAAGAAACCAGUGCUAAAAAAUGUUAGCCUUUUUGUACCUGAAGGAAAAAUAUUCGCCUUGUUAGGAUCGAAUGGAUGUGGAAAAACAACAAUGUUACGUAUGAUACUUGGGCGUUUGAAACCAGAAACCGGUUUUAUACGGGUAUUUGGUGUUGAACCAGCAUCCACACAUUCACGAAUCCCAGGUCCAGGUGUUGGUUAUAUGCCACAGGAAAUAUCUCUGAUACCUGAAUUUACAAUCGAAGAAACAUUAAAAUAUUUUGGACAAAUUUAUCAUAUGGAUUCAAGACAUUUAUAUGAUCGCAUUGAAAAAUUAUUUGAAUUAUUAAAUUUACCUGAUCGUGAUCGUAUUGUAAGACAAUUAAGUGGUGGACAAAAACGUCUGGUUUCAUUAGCCGUAACAUUAGUACAUCAACCACCAUUAGUUAUAUUGGAUGAACCAACUGUUGGUGUUGAUUCUGUAUUACGUUAUCGUAUUUGGAAUCAUUUGGAACAUAUGUGUAAAACAGAAGGAACAAGUGUCAUCAUCACUACACAUUAUAUUGAAGAAGCAAAAGAAGCACAUAAUGUUGGUUUUAUUGAAUCCGGUACGGUAUUGGCACAAUCAACACCAUCCAAACUACAAGAACAAUAUAAAUGUAAUACAUUGGAAGAAGUAUUUCUAAAACUUUGUCUAUCAAGAUAUUCAAGAAAAGAUCAUCAACAACCACAACAGCAGCAGCAACAGCAGCAACAAAUUCUUAAAUUUAAUUCAAACACUGCAACUGCAACAACAACCACCGCCAUACAAUCAAAUGGUACAUAUAGGCCAUUGACACACGAAUUUGAUCCAUCAUCAACAUCGUCGACGUCAAAGUCAUCGAAUAAUCAAGAAGAAUUACAAUAUAAAGAACAUAAAGGUGAACGAAUAACAAUAAAAGAAAGAUUACGUAAAGAAAUUGAUAAUGAACGGCUUAAGGCAAUGAUUUGGAAAAGUUUUAUUCGUGUGAAAAGAAAUCCAUUAGUAUUAAUAAUGUUUCAUAUGAUACCAAUAAUGACAAUAACAUUAUUUUCAUUAACAAUAUUACGUAGUCCACAUAAUAUGCCUAUUGCUAUUUAUCCGGGUGAUAUACAUGGUGGUAAUCUUUCCAAAACAUUUAUAGAUGUAAUGGAUGAAUAUUUCCUAAAGAAACGUAUUUUCAAUAGUCCUGAAAAAGCAUUAGAAUCCGUACAAAAAGGACAAUCAUAUUAUGGAAUGAUAUUUUCGGAUAAUUUUACCGAAUCAUUUACAUCACGUUAUAUUGAUGUUUAUCGUUCAUCGGUAGAUGAAAUUGAAAUCGAAAGCAGUAAAAUACGUUUAUAUCCGGAUAAUUCAAAUUUUAUAUUCGCCGUUUAUAUGCGUCGUGCUGUAUUAAAUUAUUUUGAAGUUUUUAUGCGUAAAUUUAGUACUGAUUUAGGUUAUAAUCCAAUUACAUUUAAUCUACCGAUUUAUGUUGAAGAACCUAUCUAUGGUAAAAUGGAAACUGAUCUUGGUCAUUAUCUUGUAUCAGCAUUGAUUGUAUUCAGUUUGUUUGCAUUACCAAUGGUCAUCGGUUCAUUAUUAAUUGUUAUGGAUCGUAAAGAUGGUUAUCAAGAACGUGCAUUUGUUGCCGGUGUUAAACCAUUAGAAAUAUUAUCGGGUCAUAUGUUAACUUGUUUUGUUGCUGUUUUAUCACAAGUAUUUUUAACAUUAAUGUUAUCAUUUGUUAUUUUAGAAUUAGAUAAUGAAGGUUCAUUAUUAGAAAUAUUUAUAUUAAUAUUUUUACAAGGUAUACAAGGUUUAAGUAUUGGUUUAGUUAUAUCAACUAUUUGUGUUAAUGAAAUAUUUGCUAGUAUUGCUGUUGUUAGUAUAAUAUUACCAAUGUUAUUAACAUCAGGUAGUAUGUGGCCAAUGGAAGGUUUACCCGAUAUAUUACAAAAAUUAAUAUUUUUAAAUCCAAUUACAUUAACAAUACGUUCAGUACGUUUAGUUAUGUUACGUGGUUGGUCAUAUCAACAUUUUGAAGUAUUAAUUGGUUAUAUAACAACAACAAGUUAUACAUUUAUUUGUUUUAUAUCAAGUAUAUUUUUAUUUCAUUUAAUAUCUAAUAGUACAAUACGUAUACCAUUUUUACCUCAUUAUCAUUGAACAUAACAGAAAAAACAUUUAGAUAU